GAAGAAUGGAAACCCUUAUAUUAUGUUAAUCAGCUACCGGCGCCCGUUGUCCAGUGAUAAGAAAAGAGCGCAUUGGUGCUGAUCACUCUUCGUGGUGUUCGGAAAGUACAAAGAUUAAACCAAUACAGAGAUGUUCAAUUCUUCAUUGAUUCGAUAUGUUCUGCUGUUUAUGAUGUUUGUAUGGGACUGUGAUAAGGGACAGGUUGCAGCAAACGAUUUUGACCACUUUAUUUUAGCAUUCCAGUGGCCUGUGACAUUUUGUGAAAAUACAAAGUGUGGGAUUCCACUUCCACAUUAUUGGACCAUCCAUGGAUUUUGGCCCUCAAAAUCCGAUGGUUCUCCUGUUCAAGAUUGCUCAAAGGUCAAUUUUGACGAACAACAAAUUCCGAAGGAGACAAGAUCUCACAUGGACAGGAUAUGGCCGGAUUUACUUGGAAGCGGAGUGCACUCACAAUUCUGGUCACGACAAUGGAAGAAACACGGAACAUGUGCUGACGUGCCCGGCACAAGGACAGUGGAGGGAUAUUUCACAAAGGCCAUUGAAUUAGCCAACCGGUACAACAUUUCUGGUUGCAGACCAUAGAAGAUGCCAUCGCUAUUGGAACUAGUCACAAACCCUACAUACAACUGAGAGAAGUCAGGAAAAAACAGAGGCCUCUGUGGCUGUCUGAAGUCCGAAUUUGCUUCAGUAAAACCUUUGUUGCAAUUGAUUGCCAUAAGAAGAAUUCUUAUCGGGGGAAAGUUCUGUAUCCACGCUGGCAGACAUCUGGACAGAGCGGUAUGACGUCACACAACGGACAAAGUCCGGUUUCAGCGUCUAUAGCAUUGGUGUAUUCUCUUGUGAUUAGUCUAAAAACUAUGCUUUAACUCUUUGCCUAUCACGUCGCCUAUGACGUAACAGUAGCAUUUGCUUUCGCCGCUGAAUGAUGACGUUAUCCUUUUUCCCACAGCGCUUUGGAGUUGAUUUGUGAAAAUUCGGAUUUUUUAACACAUUUCUUCAUAGCGUUUUCCAUUAUUAUAUAUUCUGUUAGUUUAUCGCGGAUAGUUCUGAUAAAAGCUGAUACUUUAAGACUGUCAAAUCGGGAGUGAAAGCAAGUGAAAAAUUACGAUAAUUAUCGGAUAAAAUAUUUUUUUUUGAAAAGAUAUAUUAUCCAAAAUUCGCUUUUUUUUUUAUCUUAUUAUUUUUAUUUUAUUAAUUCUUGAACAUGUAUGUUUGUUUAACAAAGAAAUACCACGAAUGAAUACUUGCUUAUCUACUAGUAUUUUUUAAAAUCAUAUCAAUAUAUCUACAUUUCCAAUGGGUUUUUUCCCUUUGAUAUGUUCUGUAUAUUAUUUGAUUUCAAAGAAAAAACGUAGUAAAUUCAGUUUUAGACAAGGUUUAACAUAUUCAUUUAUACUGACGACUGAUUCAAAUGAUUGAAAACUGUUUAUGUGAACAUUAAAUGUACGAUUCUAUGA